CUGCGUCACCACUGAGACCCCGCAGUCCAACUACAGUUGGCGUCCUCACACUGUCGCCGUCCCUCCACGUGCCCUCGCUUCCGCACACAGAGGAUCACAAAUAUUAAGCCAUACGCGCUUCAGCGCGUCGAUGAGGAGGUCAAGGAGCAGCUGGUGGCGGAGAAAUGAGCUAGGCAGAGGAAGGCUGAGCGUUACCAAGCCUCCUUGUCGUUAUGGCUGCUCGCUCACUUGACCUCCUAGUUAGACAAUCCCGCCUCUGAUGCGUGCACGUACGACCCCUCGACGACAGGAACCUGCCUUCGCCUGCGACCCACAACCGCCCGCGCGUCCCCUCGAUCCCACACCUGUCUCCUCUAGUCCACGCUCGCUCGCCACCGAGUGCCUUCGACUGCAUCAACCCCUUGGGCCCACGCACCCGUCUUCGCCUGCGACCUACAUCCGCACUCGUGCGUCUCGUCAAGCCCAUGCACGCAUGCUCGAGCCCUCGACCUAUUGUUGACUCCUCGUCUAGUCCUCCCUCGUUCUGGGUUAUCGCCGAGAGCGCACCCGCGCUCAAUGCUGCACAUGCUGAACCCCUUGUCCUCACUUCCUCACAUCCUUUUCUCCUUUUGGCCCCUCAACCCCGCGCACAACAUACCUCGCGCACACUCGACCUCGAACAUACUCGACCCUUCUUCCCUUCGUUCUCCCAACCCUUUCAGCCCUCGGCCUUCACGCCCUCAGCCCCUCAUUUGUCCAUUGUCACGCCCUCGACCUUACCUAUCUGGCUGGCAGUGGAGGAAUGAAUGGC